UAUAUGAUAACAAUCUUACUGUUCAUGCAGUUUGGAUUUCCUUAAGCUUUAAUAAACCUUUUUGAUCUUUUUCUGUGACUCUUUGUGAGUUGAGAGAGACAUAGACAGAGAGAUAGAGUUGCAACAUUUCUGGGUCGUAAAUCAUGGCUUCCACGCUGUUACUUGUCGUGGUGUUCGUGUUGGAUCUGAUAGCUUUUGCUCUUGCUGUUGCUGCCGAGCAAAGAAGGACCAAAGCCCGGUUAACAGAAGAUCCAAACUACAGUUAUUGCGUUUAUGAUUCUGACAUCGCAACUGGCUUAGGUGUUGGGUCAUUCCUGUUCCUAAUGGCUAGUCAAGUCCUGAUUGUGGUGGCAAGUCGUUGCUUGUGCUGCGGGAAAGCUUUGAGACCAAGUGGUUCUAGAGCAUGGGCAAUUUGCUUAUUCAUUACCUGCUGGGUGAUGUUUAUUAUUGCUGAAGCAUGCUUGCUGGCUGGUUCUGUGCGGAAUGCCUACCACACCCAAUACAUGACUCGAUUGAAAAGUAAUCCUCCUUCCUGUGAGAUGCUAAGAAAGGGAGUUUUUGGGGCUGGGGCUGCUUUUGUGGUCUUAACAGGUAUAUUCGCCCAGCUUUAUUAUGUUAGCUAUUCUAAGGCAAACGAUGUUACGUCUACCUAUGCAAGGGACACUGGUGUGAGGAUGGAGAAACUAUAAUUGCUCUCUCGGAGAGAGACUUGUGGUAUUCUAUUAUGUAAUUGAUCAGUUGAUUGGGUUUCAUGUCAACUGAUCAUGUUCCUCUCUUAAGAGUGUUUGAUCAUGUAAUUGGAUAUCCACAUCUGUAUUGUGAUCUGUAAUUUUGUAGAUUUUUCGAAUUGAACAAAUCUAUUUGCAAAUCUGUUUAUUGACACCAAACAUAAAUUUAUUUGCAAUUCUGCUAUUUAAGUUUGUAAAUAGCAGAAUUCUUUUGUUGAA